AUGGCCUCGCGGUUUAAUAAUCGGCUUUCAGACGGCAAGUUUGGCAAAGUUUCACAAAUAAAUACUUCCCACACGAAGGAAAGGCUACCAAAGGCAAUAAAUUCAUGGCGAAAAACAGCAAGAGUAGAGUUUGAACCACCACCGAAAGUUCCGAAGCUCGUAAAUACGCGAACGGUGACGGUAUGUACAAGAAAAGAAAUUUCAUAUUCAAUAAUUUCGCUGCAUUUCGAUAGAAUUUUCGCUAAACUUACAAGUAAAAUGGUUGCUCUUGAUAGGAACAACGGAAAAUAGAGGAAAAUAUGCCACAUGGAGCGAGAAUCAUCGAUAUUGAUGUUUUGAAAGGCAAGCUUCAGAAAUGUCAAUUUUGUCUAAAAGGUAGCUGCGCGGUUUGACAAUUUUUUAUCACACCUUUUAGUCUAUAUUUGUACAAAUUUAACACAGUAUUUUACUUGAUUUUGUUUGUUUUUCUCGUCCAAGCUACUAAAGAAAAAUACCUGAACACUCUUAUGCAAAACAAAUCAAAAUAGUAGCAGCUUGUACAAGUCAAAAACAAAUAAAUAAAUAUUUCACUUGAUUUUUUACAAAACAAAUACAUAUUUCACUUGAUUUUGUUUGUUUUUCUUGCUCAAGCUACUAACAAAAAAUAUCUGAACACUCUCUUAUGCAAAACAAAUCAAAAUAGUAGCAGCUUGUACAAGCAAAACAAAGAAAUAAAUAUUUCACUUGAUUUAGUUUGUUUUUCUUGCCCAAGCUACUAACAAAAAAUAUCUGAACACUCUCUUAUGCAAAACAAAUCGAAAUAGUAGCAGCUUGUACAAGCAAAACAAAGAAAUAAAUAUUUCACUUGAUUUUUUACAAAACAAAUACAUAUUUCACUUGAUUUUGUUUGUUUUUCUUGCCCAAGCUACUAGUACAAAAAAUACCUGAACACUCUCUCAUGCAAAACAAAUCAAAAUUCUAACUACAAAUGCUAACUACAGUAUAAACAGCAACAGAACAUCAUAAAACAUAUUCAAUCUUAUAGCCUAUUUUGUGUAAAAAUAUGAAAUAUCAAUUCCUGAUACUAGUGUAGUAGAGAACAAAUUUAUUUAUAUACGUCUACAUAUACCAGACAAUUUAAAAUUCUAAAAUUUAGGUCCAAUAUCCUUGGCCAACAUUAUUGAUGAAAAACAAUAUGGUUUAGCAAGUCAGUUCAGAGUAAAAUGCCAGUUCUGUUCCAAGCAAAAUAUAAUUAAUACCUCAGCAUCUCAUAAGUCUGGCAAGUCUGGACCAAAGGCAUAUGAUAUCAACUCUAAAGCUACAUUGGCUAGUUUACAUGCAGGGAUUGGUGAAACACAUCUAAAAAGUAUUUUGUCAGUAAUGAAUAUCCCACCAAUGAGUCGAGCUUCCUUCAAAGCCCGAGAACGAGGAACAGGGAAGGCUGUAGAAGCUGUCGCAAAAGUCUCAUGUGAGGAAACAAUUGCAAAUGAGAAAAAACAAUUGAUAAGAAUCGGGGAAGAACCUGAUGAAAACAAUUUAGUGUCUGUUCCUUGUUCCUAUGACAUGGGCUGGCAGAAACGGGGAAAGGGAUUUAAUUCUAACACUGGUCAAGCUGCUACCAUGAGUCAAACUACAGGAAAAAUUUUUGAUUAUGCUACAAAGGUUAAGAAAUGUCGAACUUGUGAGUAUGCACAACGUACCAGUACAAAUGCAAAGGUUCAUGAUUGCCGUAAAAACCACACUGGUUCAUCUAAAGCCAUGGAGCCAAUAUCUGCAGUUGAACUUUUUAAAAAUGCUCCAAAACAUGGCAUUAAAUACUCCACAUAUACCGGUGAUGAUGACUCGACAACUGAAUUAUAUAUAAACCAACAAGUUCCUUAUGGUGUUGAGAAGUUCAGUGACAUAAUACACAUUAAACGCUCACUCACAACAAGAUUGUACAACCUGAGCAAGAUGGCACAGAUUAAGGAGUGCUCUUCACUGUCAUCAAAAGUUAUUGAAUACCUUGUUAAGUGCUUUUCAAUUGUGGUUGCCCAAAACAAAAGUGAUCUUGAGGCGAUGAAGUCGUCCCUAAAAUGCAUUGUCCUACAUUCCUUUGGUGACCAUGCUAGUUGCAAUGAGUCAUGGUGCAGAUAUAAACAAGAUCCCAUUGCCAUUGGCAAGGACUUGUAUGGCACUGCCUUGAAGUCAGCCCUUAAAAACAUCUUCAGCCAGUAUUACAGUGACACCAUGAUUAAAAAACUUGGUCCAGCUGCCAACUCCCAAAGGAACGAAUCAUUUAACAGCACAGUAGGCUCCAAAAACCCCAAGAUCAGGUACUACGGUGGAAGUGAGAGCAAUGACUUUCGGGUGGCUUGUGCGGUGGCUCAGACCAAUGUUGGUUACGGUUAUGUUUGUUGCACAUUCAAAGCAUUAGGAAUAGAUCCUGGAUUGAACUGUACCAAAUACACCUGCAAAAUGGAGAAAAAGAAAAGUAAAGAUAUCGACAGAAAAAAACUCAAUUUUAUUCAAGCAGCGCAGAAAUCAACUUCAUAG